GAGGAGACAGUGUGAACAGACCCCAGUGUGGAGAGGUGUGUGAGGAGCCAGCCGCCGCCCUCCCCCCUCAGUUGGCCCCACCUCUCCCUAGUGACUAGCACAUACCCAGGACAGUAGGCAGUGAAUGGGUACUGGAGAGUGGCAUGGGUUAUGAGGAGACAGUGUGAACAGACCCCAGUGUGCAGAGGUGUGUGAGGAGCCAGCCGCCGCCCUCCCCCCUCAGUUGGCCCCACCUCUCCCUUCAGGAGAAGCUGCGGCCCUCACACUCCCCCUUGCCGGGUCCCUGUUGCUAGUGCUGCUGCUCGCGGGACACCUUGGCAUUGUGGCAGUAGGCAGGGGGACGAUGCACACAUGCCCGGCUAGCUGCACCUCCUCAGGACGCUGACUGGCACCGGGGGGACUGUAUUCCUGGCACAUGCCCGCUCUCUGGCUGAACUUUCCCAGCCGCUUGGAAACUACUUGGAAGUGGAUUUGUACAGAAAGUAGCGGACUGUGCGUUGUGCCCAUUGGCAUCGCCUCGUGAACCCCCCCCCCCCAGGGCUCGGAGUACUGCUUCUGUAUGCUCGAAGAUCCAGCCGGGAGAAACCCCGGAGUGUGGCCGAGGAGCAAUGACUUCAGCCCGGAUCUCCAGCGCUCGCCCGCCCCUACUGCUGCUGGCUCUGCUUCUCAGCUGCAACUUCGGCACAUUGGCAGGUGUCGAGUAUAGUGAUGUACUUCCGGACUCUUUCCCUUCAGCACCAGCAGAGUCUUUACCACAUUUUAUUUUGGAACCUGAAGAUGCCUACAUUGUAAAGAACAAGCCAGUAGAACUUAUCUGCAAAGCCAACCCAGCCAUACAGAUCUACUUCAAGUGCAAUGGAGAGUGGGUGAACCAGAAUGACCAUAUCACUAAAGAGAGAGUUGAUGAGUUAACAGGGCUUGUUGUACGGGAGGUCCAGAUAGAGGUUUCCAGACAGCAGGUAGAAGAAUUGUUUGGUUUGGAAGAUUACUGGUGCCAGUGCGUUGCAUGGAGUUCUGCGGGCACUACGAAGAGCCGUAGAGCCUACGUCAGAAUAGCCUAUUUGAGGAAAAAUUUUGACCAAGAACCUUUAGGUAAAGAAGUACCUUUGGAGCAAGAAGUGUUACUUCAGUGCCGUCCCCCAGAGGGUAUUCCACCUGCUGAGGUGGAGUGGUUAAGAAAUGAAGACAUUAUUGACCCUACACAAGACACCAAUUUCCUCAUAACAAUUGACCACAACCUCAUAAUUAAACAAGCCCGGCUUUCAGAUACUGCCAACUACACCUGCGUUGCUAAGAAUAUUGUUGCCAAGCGCAGGAGUACCACGGCAACCGUCAUAGUUUAUGUGAAUGGAGGAUGGUCAUCCUGGUCAGAAUGGUCAUCAUGCAACAACCCCUGUGGGAGAGGUAUACAGAAGAGGACAAGAAUGUGUACCAAUCCAACCCCUUUAAAUGGUGGCGCUUUUUGUGAUGGGCAACCAUUCCAGAGACUAGCUUGUACCACCAUGUGCCCAGUUGACGGAGGAUGGAAUGAGUGGAGCAAAUGGUCAGCCUGCAGCACUGAAUGCACUCAUUGGAGAAGCCGAGAAUGUAACUCGCCUCCUCCCAAGAAUGGGGGUAAAGAUUGCAGUGGGAUACUACUGGACUCCAAAAACUGCACAGAUGGCUUGUGUAUGCAGAACAAGAGGGUGUUAGGUGAGCCAAAAAGCCAUUUGUUGGACUCCACAGGAGAUGUGGCCCUCUAUGCUGGCUUGGUCGUUGCCAUUUUCAUCGUCAUUGUUAUCCUCAUGGCUGUCGGGAUAGUUGUGUACAGGCGCAACUGCCGGGAUUUUGACACUGGCAUCACAGAUUCGUCAGCUGCGCUUACAGGAGGCUUUCAUCCUGUGAACUUCAAGACUUCUAGGCACGACAACUCCCAUUUAUUACACCCAUCAAUGCAGCCAGAUUUAACCGCCAAUGCUGGUAUAUAUCGAGGGCAUAUGUACGCCUUACAAGACUCUGCGGAUAAGAUUCCUAUGACCAACUCUCCAUUGUUAGAUCCACUACCAAAUCUAAAGAUUAAAGUCUUCAAUUCUUCUCCAGUCGGGUCAUCUCCUGGGAUACAUGAUGACUUACUUGGUCCUAAACCCAUAGGGACAUACCCAUCAGAUACCAACAUCAUUAAUGCAAGGAAUAAAACUAUAAGUAGCCAGCAUCUCCUGACAUUGCCACGUGACUCUAGUAACAGCGUGACAGGGACAUUUGGGAGCCUUGGAGGUAGACUGACUUUCCCAAACACAGGGGUGAGUUUGCUGAUACCUCAUGGAGCUAUUCCGCAGGGAAAAUACUAUGAAAUGUAUUUGAUGAUUAAUAAGAGAGAAAACACAGUUUUACCUUCAGAAGGGACACAGACCAUUUUAAGCCCUAUCGUGACUUGUGGACCCACUGGACUUCUGUUGUGUAGACCCGUCAUUCUGACCAUCCCUCACUGUGCAGAAACGGCCACCUCAGAUUGGAUUCUGCAGCUGAAGACCCAGUCUCACCAAGCAAACUGGGAGGAGGUUGUAACAUUAAAUGAAGAGACACUGAACACACCAUGUUAUUGCCAGCUUGAGAGCCAGUCUUGUCACAUCUUACUUGACCAGUUGGGGACAUAUGCCUUUGUAGGAGAAUCUUAUUCCAGAUCUGCAAUAAAGAGGCUCCAGUUGGCUAUAUUUGCACCACUUCUCUCCACAUCUCUUGAAUACAAUCUCAAGGUCUAUUGCUUAGAAGACACCCCAGAUGCAUUAAAGGAAGUUCUAGAGCUGGAGAAAACCUUAGGAGGAUAUCUAGUAGAAGAACCAAAGCCACUGAUGUUCAAAGACAGUUACCACAACCUGCGUUUAUCUAUUCAUGAUAUUCCUCACUCACUGUGGAAAAGCAAAUUACUAGCAAAAUUUCAGGAAAUACCUUUUUAUCACAUCUGGAGUGGAAGUCAGCGGUCGUUGCAUUGUACAUUCACUUUGGAAAGGUACAGUUUGGCCUCCACUGAGCUAACAUGCAAAAUUUGUGUGAGGCAGGUGGAAGGAGAAGGACAGAUAUUCCAGCUGCAUACUAAUCUGGAAGAGAAUGCCAAAUCAUUUGAUCCCUUCUGCUCACAUCCUGGAAUCAAUGUAACAACCCAACUUGGACCAUAUGCCUUUAAAAUCCCAAUGUCAAUUAGACAAAAAAUCUGCAACAGUUUGGAUGCACCAAACACUAGAGGAAAUGACUGGAGGCUUUUGGCACAAAAACUCAGCAUGGAUCGAUAUCUGAACUAUUUUGCCACCAAAGCCAGUCCAACAGGAGUUAUUUUGGACUUAUGGGAAGCCUUACACCAAGAUGAUGGUGAUCUCAACACUCUUGCCAGUGCCUUGGAAGAAAUGGGCAAGAGCGAGAUGAUGCUUGUCAUGGCAACAGAGGGUGACUGCUGAUGACUUGUUGACGUGGUUGACUUGCAUUGGUGAUAGGAGAUGUUAUUACCGGUUAAAAGCGGAAAGGCAUUUGGUCCAGCCAGAAACAAGAGACGUUUUCUUUCCUUGCUUAUGCUGGAAGACUCGGCCACAAUGUAGUGGGAAGACUGAAUACUCUUAUGGUCUAAAUCACAACCAGCCUUAGAAAUCCUUACAUACUGUUUACAAGCCAUCCAAGUGUCUAAAGAAAAGCGUUCACAUGCCACUCCACCAAACGCCAGAUACAAAGAAAGCAUCGUCAUUACCAUAACAACUGCUGGCAGACAUCUUUCAUGUUACCUUUCUAAGCAUUUAAGACUUUGUAGUUUAAAGCGCUUUCAUUUCCUCCACCUUUACAUGAUAUGUAUUCCUUGAAAGAUCAUGUACAAUUUGAUCAAACUGCUUCUAUCCUGUCCAAGCUUGGAACAGCCUUUCUACUGAGGCAAAAGGUUUCUUAGGAAACGCAAGUUUAUUUAUUAUCCAGAUCUUUGGAUGAGUCUUUGUUUUAUAUGUAAAUGAGUGAGUUUUCUGAGUGUAUGUACCUGCUUGUAUGAAUGAGGCUGGCUCAACAUCAUGCUCUGGUAGAUGUUUCGAACUGUUGACAAAAUGUACUUUAAUGACUUAUUUUAACAUAUGGGGACUACUGUCAGUAUAUUAUUUAAUAUGUGACACAUCCUUGGGAAAUAGCUGUUGUCCCAUAAUGCACUUCAUUUAGAUAACUGAAUACAACCCCUACACAGCUCAGGGAAAAUAUGGUGGCCACUAGAGAGGAGAAAUGAGUCCAUGAGUUCCUAUUUAAUGAAAUCGUGUUAGAAAAAAUACAGAGCAGUGGUAGCAUAUAACAUGAUGCGACUCAAGGCUACCACUUAGAAGUUUAUUUUUGUUUUUCAGUUGUAUUAAAUUUUCUUUAAAAUAGUGAAAAUCAGUUUUACAAGUUGUGGCAUUUGUUGGCCAGCCACCUGAUCAGUUUUUAGUUUUUUUUUUGAGUAUUCAUAUGUUCCUAUGUUGGUUUUUCUUUAUCUCUUCAUUAUUAAAUCAUUCAUCUUAUUGAAGAAUGCAACCCUGAUAGAACUGAAUUUCUGACUUGGCAUAUUAAUGUUUGAAAAUGUGCUAUUUUAUCUGUUUCUAUACAUGAAUUUCAAAAAUCUCUGUUCAGUAAUAAUAGAAACAGUAAUGGACAGCAAUAGUAACCGUUCCCAUUCUUCAAACUCAGGAUGUGAAUGUAAGUUGUUGUUUUUUCCCUUCUGCUCUGCAUGUUUAAUAGCAACACUUUAGCCCUGUCAUGAUACCAAUUACUACAAUUUUUUUUUCCAAAACUGGACCUGUUUUCCUUAAAGAGAACAUUUUAAUCUAAACCUAUAAAACCUAGUAUUUGAGGGGUUGUCUGCAAUUAGAAAAUGUUCUUAUUUUUCCAGAAACAGCACCAUUCUUGAACAUCCUCUGUCUGGUAUUGAGUUUUAGCCCCAUUGACUUGAAUGGUGAUGCGUUCCAAACACAGCCCAUAGACAGGACUAAUGCUGUUUAUUUGGUUUAAAAAAAACAGACCCUUUCUCUAAUCCCAGGCAAUCCUUUUAAUGAAACAAUGUCCCUGGGGCAGUGGUGAGCUUUUCAUUUUAAUUAGUGAUUUUAAUACGUAACUUCUAUGUAUUUCUCACAGGUUUUUAUUUUUUAUUUUAAAAAAAUAACCCACAUACCUAUGUCAUUAUUGCAUUGGAAAUCUAUUUUUCAAGUAGCAGAUGCGCAUUUAUGUACCACUACAAAAUGUAAAGAGAAUUGAUUAAAAGUGUUAUUUUUAUACUUCAAGUUGGAUUUCUCAUUCACCUUGUACCUUUUUUCCGUACUGUUCUUUCUUUGUUCACCAGUGGUGGAACGGUGGUAACUAGUAGCAUAGUGUAUUGUAUUAUCUUGAAGAAGGGCUCCCAAGAAGUUAUUCAUCUCUGUUGCUUAGCACAGUAAGGACAUUUCCGUUAAAACCAUCAAUCACUGAUUGGAUGGAUUCUGAAGAACUUUGGUCACCAAAGAGUCCUUAUGCAUCCUUAGCCUACCAAGGACCAAACCAUAUAUAUCAUCCUCGUACGUGUUGUAAAAUUGUAAGUUGCAUAUGAUAUAGAGAAACUGCAGUGGCCUAAUCACAUACCAGCUAGAGAGUCAUAUGUUGGUACCAAUGUAGAGAAGUGCUAGUAACUGUGAUGAUCCAGUGUGGUUGAAGACAUUAAACAAGAAGGUACCAUGUUUCCCCUAAAUCCCCGAUUGUCUAUGCACUUUUGUGGUUAAAAGAAACCUUCAGAGAAAUUUGUAGUGAGUGCCAGUAUAUAUCCAUCUGAAUUAUUGGGCCAUCAAAGAAACAAAAAUCUGCAAAAUAUGUUCAUCUUCUAAUUUUAAGGCUGUAUUACAUUAAAAGAUUUUGCAGGCGAUUGUAAGGAAGUGUUCUUUCCUGGCCAUCGCAUUCUUGUUAUUGGAGGAGACUGCUGCUAUUACAUGCAGCGAUCAUCUCCACAGUAUUGGGAGGAGCGAUCCCUAAUGCCAUCGCUCUUCCCCAUACUGAAUCAUUGUUUGCCGGCAGCAGAUCGUGGUCACUUGCUUGCUCAUCAGGUAUCGCGGCAGUAUUAGGCCCCUUGCAGAGGAGCGCGUGUCACUCUGCGAGUCUGCAGCUCCCGGCCUGACCUCCCAGCACUGACGGGGAUCAUAUAGCUUUAUGAUGCUAUGUAACCCUUACAGUCCUGGAAUGUAUUAGAUGACGCUAACAGCAUUAUAUCAGUAUUAUCCACUACACUGCAGACCUCUAAGGGUUACAUAGCAUCAUAAAUCAAUAUAAUGCUAUGCGACCCCGUCAGUGCUGGGAGGUCAGGCCGGGAGCUGUGCUGCGGACUUGCAGCGUAACACACGCUCGUCUGCAAGGGGCCUUACAUUCCACACCUUCGAAUGCUCAAUAGCGAUGAUCUGGCCAACUAUUGGCCAGUCUAAUACAGACUUUAGUCUCAAUUUUGUCAUUUAGUUCUGUGUGUAAAACAGCUACCUGAAUUUUUUAACUAUCAGAUGCUGGAAAAAAUGAAUUUCAUUGUACAUAUAAUUCUGUUAACCUUUCCAGUCCAAACCCUUCAUAACCAUGAGGAUUUUGCUACUUACAGAGUGCAGUUAUCCAUGUUAGGCUACUUUCACACUAGCGUUUUUUUGCGGAUCCAUCAUGGAUCUGCAAAAACAGUUACACCAGGCCGCACAUGACCGGCACUAAGUAGAGAAGUCCUAUUCUUGUCCGCAGCUGCGGACAAGAAUAGGACAUGCUCUAUUUUCUUGCGGAGCGGAAGAUCGGGGCCGCACUCCGGAAAUGCGGAUGCAGAGAGCACAUAGUGUGCUCUCCGCAUCCAUUCCGUCCCCACAGAGAAUGAAUGGGUCUGCACCGUUGCGGAAUGGAUGUGGACCACGCUUGCGGACAUGUGAAUGGAGCCUUAUACAAACCUUUCUUUGAAUGUAGUUCCAGCAAUGAGAGAGGCUGCAUCCACUGCCUGAAGUUUAAAACUGACAAUAAGGGGACACUGCUUUUAAACUUCUGGUAGAAGAGAAAUGGACUUCAUCUGACCUUUUUUUCCAAGACAGACUAGCAUGCUAGACUGCAUUAUUCUGUCUGUUAAAGAAGAUACAAAGAAAAAAGGGAACGCAGGUGACACAGAGUCCAGUAUUUUAAUCUUUGGACUACAUUUGCCUCAUUGAAGAGAAUGGAUCCAUCAUGAUAUAUAUUUGCAUAACAUUUACUAGUAUUGAAACAUUUACCCCUGAUGGAAGGCCCAGGGGGGGGGAGAGCUAAAAUGAUCAUCAAACUCCAUAAUAACAAAUAUAAUAAGCAAUGCGCUGUUAAAGGGAGUCUAUCAACAGUUUUGACCAUGCUAAACUAUUGACAGCACUAGGUAGAGGCUGGGAAGAGCAGGACAGGAUACCUUUUUUGGAGCUUUUUUUCACAUCAGUAGUAGUGGGAAUAUGUACAAAUUUUUUGCCAAACUCCAAGUGCCCAAAGGACGGAGCUUCCCUGUGACGUAUUCUCUGUAUUCAGCGGUAGGCUUGUGCGAAUCAGAGUCAGAUUGCUCUAUCUGAACCCAACUUGUUUGAAAACUUUGUUUACAAUAUCUCCUCCGUAGUGAGCUAAAAUGUAUGGCCUCCACUGAGGUGCUGUAAAUCUUUCUGCAAAUAACAGGAGACUUGCUUUUUCUCACGUCUAUGACGUUACACUUUGGUUAUGCGCAUAAAUUACUGUUUCAAAAUCCGAAGCUGAAUGUCAUAGACGUGAGAUGAAGCAUUAUUUGCAGCAAGAUUUUCAAGGCCUCAGCGGAGCCCAUACAUUUUGGUGCGCUACGGAGGAGAUAUUGUACACGAAAUCCGAACCAGAUUUGCUCAACACUAUUCAGUGGUUUCACAGCCCCGCCCCUCUGUUCUGAGUGACAGCUGUAGUUCUCUGCUGGUAGGUUGCUCUAGCUUGUCACUCAGGACAGAUGUUAGAGGCUGUAAAGCGGAUCAGCACGGAGAGCACUUUACAGUGAAGCUUUGCCUCUGGGCACUUGCAGGAGCAGAACCUGGCUGAAUAAAAGUUCAUAUUCAUACUAUUCCUGAUAAUAAAAGCUCCACAAUAGUUUUGUCCUGCUUACCUCAGCCCAUGCCUGGAGCUGUCAUUAGUUUAGCAUGCUGACAGACUCCAUUUAAGCUCCAUCUUGUGAAGGCUGGUAGCUGCAAUGCUAUUGUUUUUCUGCCUAGGUCUAUGCAGUAAUUUAGAGUUCUUAAUCAGAAAAACGUAAGCCCAGCCCCUAUUAAGAUUUGGCACACAUUCACUUUAAAGGGGUUGGCCACCAUAAGUAUAAAAACAAAUAAAGUGCCCCAGACAAUAACUAAAGCCAAGAGGAAUUUCUAUCAUGACAGAUAUUCAGUAUAUACAGGUCCUUCUAAAAAA